AUGGAAGGGAUAGCUAUUAAAACCCAAUUGACUAUGACUGAGAGCACAGUUUACGAAUUCAACGCCCAGGUCGACGCAUAUCAAGCUUUUUGUGAGGAUCGCAAAGUUCUUUUUACUGACAUCGAAAACCCUGGCGAAAUAUUGGUUUCCAGCAAGAAUCAAUAUUUAUUUGUAAACGUAAACAAGCAAUUUAUUACUGUUUUUGAUAUCACGUCGAAAGAAAAAGUAAACGAAUUGACCUAUGAUGGAGUGCUGCACUCAUUUUCUGAAGAAAACGAUAUCUUAGUGAUUGCUGGAUCCGUGGGCCUUGCUAUCUGGAAUGUCAAAGAUUUUACACUUAUAGGGAAGAUUGGAGAUGAAUAUGAUAUAAGAAGUGUUAUGCAUUAAAAUGGGCGAACCUACCCACGCUCUUAAUAUAUAUAAAAAUGGUGAUGACAAACACCCCGACCUCCUGACACUUUUUAUUCAACACCAGCAGGAAACGGCCCAGUGUAAAGGGGAAGGGCAGAAAGAGGCCCGUAAUCCUUUAUGUAUAUCAGGCUAGAUUUUCCUCGAGUCCUAGGAAGCUAAUUCCUGGAACUUAGGUUUUGUCUCUGAGAUCAUCAUUAAAAAGGGCAGGACCAGAAGAAGCCCCGAGAAGAUAAUAAUAAAUCUCUUGAGCAGGGCUUCAAGGCGACAUCUGCCUAACGAGAAACUGGGAGUUUAUGGGCUCAAAGGCUCCAGGAAUCAUAAAAGUUGAGACGGUGUAUGCAAAUCUCUUGUCUGCAGCGGCGAGGAGGGUAUACACCGGAUCCUGCGGAGGAUGAAGAGUAUAUAGGGGUGCGAAUCCCCACUCUGUCAAGGACGAACGCAUAUAACUAAAUACUAAAUAACUAACUAAUCUUUACUCCUGUAGCUGGUAUCCCACAAGAUGCGUAGGGAUCUUUAGGAAGGGAGAAUGGCGUUUGGAAAUGUGUAUCGGGCUUGGUUUUUCUUGGUUCGAUGAGACGCAAUGUCGAAUUUAGUUGUCCGCAUCCUUUACUAUAAUGUCAAGUGUUUGCCUCAGUGGGAAAUGGACCCAGAAGUUUGAAAGGGGUUUCCCCGCAGAGCUAAUGGAGUUAGCCUUGGCCAAUCGGGACUAUUCCCCAGUACGAAACCAGGAGCUACGGAUUUCCAUCUUGGCCAAGAGUCGACCAGAAAAUUCCGGCACCGAUGCAACUCACCCAGCUACCUGGAUGCAAGUGAAAGCCCUCAGCAAGAGCAAAAAUUAUAAGGUCGUGUACAAAUUGGCGAUUAGACGAAGGGAGCGUUACAAUUUGAGGUAGCCUUAUAGAAUUACUGUGAGCUUCUCUAUAAGUCUUAAUAACUAACUGUUAUAAGAAAGUGUAAGUGUCAGCCAAGAUGGACUAUGAGCAGUCACAGGCCAUCGAGAUGGGACCUUGGCUAAGUGAAACUUAAAAACACAGCAAGAAGAAAACUCCAUCUUUGCCCAUCUCCAAACUGAAAUCAAUAAAGUCGUCAUUUUCCCUGAUGGGCUGCUUAUAGCUUCUUCAGGAGGUGAUCGAAAGGUGCGCAUAUGAAGUUCUAACCUCGAAGCUAUUGAAGAGCAGCGCGUCACAGGAAAACACUCCUGUCUUUCAGUAACCAGCGACAAUUUCAUCAUCUCUGGAGGUGGAUCUAACCAAGUCUGUGUAUGAAAAUACCUAAAAACAACAGAUUUCAUGAACGGAAGAGUUAAUAGCAAAUUUAAGUCAUUUUCUGCUGUGGCUGUAACUUAUGACUCCAAGUACCUUUUUGCGUAUGAUUCUUCUAUUAGAGUUUUUUCAUUAGAAACAAAAGAAGAAGACUUAAAGUUCCCAUUAAAAAAUGAAAAAGUCAAGAGUAUGUGCAUUUCUAGGGACAAUUCAAAGUUCUUUGCGUCAACUGAAAAUAAUCAUAUAUACUCUUUUAAUCUUUGUGAAGACUAUAAAGCGAAGUUUAUAGACUCUGUUGAAAAAGGCAUCACUUCUCUGUCAAUUUCUCAAGACUCAAGGUAUAUUGCAGCUACUUUUAACAAUAGAAAACUUAAAUUAAUUGAUAGAGAACUUAACAAGUCAACAAAUUACCAAUUCGACAAAGCAGUAUCAGAAACUUUUUUUUCAGAAGACAACGCUAUGCUUGUAAGCGGCAUUCAAGAUUCAACUGUAUGCAUAAAAACUUUAGACGGUACAAGAAAAGAUAUAAUUCUUACUGCACAUCGAGACGAAAUCAGAUCAGUCUCUGGGAACUCUGAUAUUUUCAUUACAACGAGUGGAGACAAAACUGUCAGGCUUUGGGACACAGGAAACUUCUGCUGCUUAAGAACUAUUUGUGUUAGCUGUGAAAGGCUGAGAGACGCUUAUAUCAGCUCAGAUGGAGAACAUAUUGUGGUGCUGGCAGAUAAUGAUAUACAAAUAUGAAGAGUUAAUAUGGAAAGCGACUCACCUAUUAGAAUCAUUGAAGCUCCACAUGAAAAAGUAGCCUGUAUUGGAGUGUCGAAGCUUGGGAAUGAGUUUUUUACAGUUGGAUAUGACUUUGAAGUGAGGAUCUGGAGCUUUGCAAGUCAUCUUUGUAUCUCAGUAAUGUCACUGCCAAACUUUGCAUUGCCGAUGGAAAAUAUUAAAGAAUUAUGUGUAAGCUCAAAUGAUGAUAAAUACUUGUUUACUGCCUCAAAUAGAGGAAUUCAGAUCUGGUCACUUAAUGACCAAAUAUACCUAGGGAAUAUUCCUAUAAAUGAUAUCACAGCAUUCACAAUAACCAGUGAUAAUAGCACCUUGAUAGUAGCUGACAAUUCAAAAGUGUAUGAAAUUAUCAACCCAACCUGUGAAACUUCAGCUGUCUUAGUUCUUGCACCUUUUGAGUAUAGUUUCAAAUUCUGGGAGCUGCUUAAACAGAUUUUCAACCUUAAAAUCAAUGAAAGCUACCCAGAAAUAAUGAACCAUUGUAUAAUUAUGCCUCAUUGUAUUAAUUUACUCCACAUAUUUACUCAUAAAAAUCAAUUGGAUUUGCUUGAAGCUGCUAUAGACCGUGGAUGUAGUUUUAUUAGAAAUGCCAAUGGAAAAAGUCCACUUACAUUAUCUCUUGAUACUAAAAAUAAGGACUGCAUCAAAAGAAUUACUAAAAAAAUUGCAGCUAUGGAUGAUCCUUAGUCUUAGUCUUAGUUAAAUUUAUAGAGUAGCUCCCGGCCAGGAUCGAAGGUCCUUUUCUUCCACCUUUGGACGCCUCGCUUGCUUUCCUUGCCCUGCUCCCAGUGUGCACCUAAGUGUCACAGGCUACCACUCAGCUCCUUCCGGUCAUGGGGCUUGGUCAUGCUAUCCCGGAAGUAGGCGGACUGGGUCACCGUGCUUCACGUCGCCAGACUAGGGUUAGAGCUAAGGAUUAACUCCUUAGCUCUUGUCGGCUCCUGCCAUGCCCUCCAAAUUUGGCACUAGCAGUCCCUAGAGGAAAACCCUUUUGCCCCGUGUCCUAUCGGGACGACCCUAGGAUCGUCGUUGCUGGACUGGGAGGGAAACCUAGCCGGACACAAACUACCAGUACCCAUUCCAGACCUUUCCCUGGGCGGAUUGGCUUCAGGCCGCAGCAAGGUCCCCAAUCUCGCCUGUCGUCGCCAUUUUAUUUGUGUAGCUAUGGAUGAUCCUAAUAUCCUAAUAAGGACUGAAAGCGAUCUUAUUAGGCUUAAUAAAUGUGCAACUGAGUCCUUGGUUCAUUUUUAUAAGCAGUCAUUUAAAGAGCCUUCAGAAAAAUUACCGAAGUUUGCAAUUCCAUUGAAAACUCCAGUCAAUUUUAAUACUUCAAUAAGCAGAAUUAUAGAUCCAACACUAUAUAUAGCAGCCCAAAGCAGAGAGGAAAUUAGAUCUGAAAAAGAUGUAUUGCUGAAUUUCAAAGUUAGCAACUUUAGACUUAAUUACACAUUAGGAUCUCAGGAAAGUAUCGAUUUCUUACUCCCCUCAGUGAAUGAACAAAACAAUUGAAAAACUCCCCAAAACCACUAUAAAAAUGUUUUAUGAAAAACAUAUUUUUAAUAUAUAAGUGAUAAUUAUCAUCAUGAAUUUCUAGCUAAUUUUGUUUAAUUUUAAACAGCUUGCAUUUUAAAACAUAAGUUUUACAAAUUAAUUUAAUAUUUGCUUUAAAGUUAUCUCAAGUUUUUAUAUAUUGAAAAAAAAAAUCAACCUCUUACGUGAGGGAAAAAUUGUUCAUUCACUCACACAGGGGAGUUAGUAUCUUUACUUGACUGCACAGAAGGAGAGAUUUUCAAGACUCAAUUCAUCCAAUCAAUUUUAUAUUACAAAUGGUCAAAGGUACAACUUUUGCUUGCAGCUCAAGGAUCUCUUUAUGCGAUUUUUAUAAUAUUUCUGAGCUUUUAUACAAGUUAUGGAAAUGCUGAAUACGCUUUGCAUCCUCUGCUGUUUCUUAACUUUUUAUUCUUACUCCCCCCUCUGUGAGUGAAUAAAACCAUUGGAAAAAUCCCUAUUUUUUCCCAAAAACUCACCCUCCAUGAGCGAACAAAAUUUUUUUUAAUAGAAAAAAAAAAUUUGAUAUAUAAGUGAUAAUUAGUAUAAUGAAAUCUCGAGCUAAUUCUGUUUAAUUGCAUUUUAAAAACAUAAAUUUUACAAAUUAAAUAAUAUUUGCUUUCCAAUUUUUACGAAAUGGGUUUUUUUAAAUUUCAAAAAAAAAAUGUUUUAAAAAAUUUAUAUAUAAAUUGUUUUAAAAGAAAAAAUUAAGCGAAAAAAAAAUUUUGUUCGCUCACGGAGGGGGGGAGUUAGUAUAUGAAAUCAUGCAAAUGACAGUUGGCUGCAUCGAUUAUUUCAAAGAGUUUUGGAACUGGGCCGAUUUGUUCAGAAUCAUGGCAUUCAACGUAUACUACGUAUGGACUCUAUUUGGAAUCGAUGAAUACAAAAAUAUCCUCUUCAUCGCUGUGAUAACCUUUUUCACCUGGACUCGUGCCAUUGCCUAUUUCCGUGUUUUCAAAGAAACUCGUUAUCUAAUCAGAAUUAUCCAGGACAUUAUUUCUGCUAUUAUGCCUUUCUUAGCUGUCCUCUUCUAUUCAAUCUUAACAUUUGCCUUGCUUUUCUACUCUGUGAAUAAUUACUCAAUAUCAGAAACCCCAUUCGAUAAAUCUUGGAGACAUUCCUACCUUAUAGACUAUGGAGAUUUUACAACUGAUGAUUAUACGUGGAAAGACUGGGUCAUUUUUGUUAUGUCCACUGUCAUUAAUCCACUUAUUAUGAUGAACCUUUUAAUUGCCCUUAUGAAUAAUACCUAUGCCAAAGUACAAGAAGAGGCAAUGGUGGCUGAUUUUAAAGAAAUGGCAGGGUUUAUAUUAGAAUUUGAAUCAAUUAUGGUGUGGAGAAGAGAAAAUGGGAAAAAAGAAUUUUUCCAGCAGUGCUCGGUGACUGAGGUGCUAGAAGAUAAAGAGGAAACUCUUGAAGAAAUUGUCUUACUCCCCCCCCUACGUGAGUGAACAAAAAAAUUUUGUUCGCCUACGGAGAGUUUUUUUUCGAAAUUUUAAAAAAAAUCCUAAUUUGCAAAAAUUGGGAAGCAAAUAUUAAUUUAAUUUAUAAAAUUUAUGUUUUAAAACGCAAUUUGUUUAAAAUUAAACAGAAUUAGCUCGAGAUUUCAUUAUACUAAUUAUCAUUUAUAUAUCAAUUUUAUUUAAUAAAAAAAUUUUCUAUUAAAAACAUUUUUGUUCGCUCAUGGAGGUGGGUUUUUGGGCUAAAAAUAGGGAUUUUUUCUAAUGGUUUUGUUCACUCAGGAGGGAGAGUUAGAAAAAACUGCUGCUAUGACGCAAAGAAUUAAUGGGCUGAGUGUACAGGCAGAAAUAGUAGAAACUAAGCAGGAGGAGGUUGCUAACUUCCCUAUCAUUGAUUGAGGGAUAGCCGAUGUUCAGUUAAGGAUAGGGGCUAAACUAUUUUAAAAAUAAGGAUCCCCCCUCAUUUGUCCAAUUUUCUAGUCUUUUGUCAUUUGUCCAUUUAGUCAAAAUUUUCAUAGAAAAAAUAAUUUCAGGACCUCAAUUGCAUCAUUUUCUAUUGUUAUUUGCAAAUUUUUGAACUUUACCACCUAAGUGUGGAAUUUUUUCCUCGUGUGAAAAGGUGAUUUCACGUGUGGAGCCCUUUUGAUUUCAUAUGUGGAAUCCUCUUUUCACACGCGGAAAAAAUCCACACUUAGUUGGUAAAGUUCAAAAAUCUUGCAAAUAACGAUAAAUUUUUUAAGGUAAAAAACUGAAAUUUAGGACAUUCAAAAUAAUCCAAAAAAGACUAGAAAAUGGGUCAAAUCAUUUUUGACUAGAUUUUGGGACAAAUGAGGUCCUGAAAAAUUUUUUUUUCUAUGAAAAUUUUGACCAGAAAAUUGGAAAUAAGAUAUAUGAUUUAUUAUAUAGAAAUUUGUUACUAUAGAUCAAGGAUGGAGGAGUAAGCAGAUACAAGAGAGCAUUCAAUUGGCUGGAGAUAAAAUGAAUUAUAGGAUAAAUGAGCUGAAUAAAAAGAUUCAAAAUGAAAAUAGAGAAUUGAUGGAGGAAGUAGAGAAGUUAUUAAACCUUUAA